AUGGAUGCCGUUUUGCAAUGUUUCCAAUGCCGUUACUCUAAUGAAUCUUUGAGAGAUUUUUUGAAGUACGAUUCGAGGCCCUUGGGAGGGGUUUUACAGUUGAAAUCUCUUAAGAACGACAAGCUGAUCCAGCUUAUUCAAUGCACGUUGGAGCUGAAAAGAGAAUACAACAGUCAUUGUACGGCGGGAAAACUCACUCCACAGCUCUUUGAGCUGGGAAAUGAACAGUUGAAGCUGCUGAAUCGGAUUGCAGACGGCGAAACAGCAUGGAUUACGGACCCGCUGUGGGUGAGCGCCAGACAGCUGCUGAGCAUAAGCAGACUGCUAGAUAGAGAUUUUGCGGGAAAUAUUAAGCAAAACGUUCGUGAUUCAAACAACCAGAAGUCAAAGGGCGAUCUCGAGGAGGAGAAGUACCUGGAAAAAUGCGUCAGAACUGUUCACACCAGCUUCAAGCUAUGUCUGAACGAUCGAAACCCUGACGCACGCCAAAACAAAAAAUGGGGCGUGUAUUUCUUCACAAACCUGGAACUGAGCAUUUACGAGCGGUUGCACAACCGAGACAUGGUGCGCAACCUGGUGAAAGUGAUCCAGAGUCGUACGGCGGAGUUGCCCACGCCGGAACAGGCGCUGUGCGCCCACAAGGCGCAGCUGGUCACUUACUAUUACCACAUGGCCGAGUUUUACGGAUGUUACGAGAUGGACUACGAACGCGGCUUUGCGUUUGCGCAGAAGGCGUGGCUGUUGUCGAGGGCGGGCGGUGGGCCACAGGAAAAUGUGAUCUGCCUGUUACUGGUGCCGUUCGCGUUGCUGGCACGCCGAUGGUAUCCGGACUUGGCUGUGUUAGGGAGCAGGCACGCGGCCGUUGCGGAGCUGUACGGUCCCGUGGUGGAGUGUUUGCGCAACGGGGACCUGCUGACUUUUGAAAAAUGGCUGAGCAAGCACGAACAGCUUUUGCUGCGCCGCAACUUGUACGUGGCCAUGGUGAUGGUUCGAGAGCUGGUGGUCUUGAAGCUGGUGAAACGGGCGGUUGGCUUCAUGGGCGCGGGCCCGAUCCUGUCGUUGCGCGGCGUGGCCGCUGCGCUCGUACACAGUGACAGUCGUAGUUCCCUUGCGUCAGCGGUAUCAGAGGACGCUUUGGAUCGCACCGAAUGCACGUUGGCGAGUCUGAUAUCGAAGGGCUACGUCAAGGGCUAUUUGUCGCAUUCGAACCGUGCGCUUGUGGUGAGUAAAACCAAUGCGUUUCCAAAACUGGCAGUGCGGGGCGUGAGAGCACGUGAGAGCACGUGA